AUGAUGACGCCGCAGCGGUCGCCGGCGGUGAUGGCGGGGGGAGGAGGGGGAGGCGGUGGGGGCGGUGGCGGGACGCCGGCGCUGCACUACCUGAGCGGGCCCUACGGGGACACGACGUACACCAAGGUGUUCGUGGGGGGCCUGGCGUGGGAGACGCGGAGCGAGGGCCUGCGCGCGCACUUCGAGGCCUACGGCGACAUCCUCGAGGCCGUCGUCAUCACCGACCGCGCCACCGGGAGGUCCAAGGGAUACGGAUUCGUGACCUUCCGGGAUCCAGAUUCGGCGAGGAUGGCCUGCAUGGAUCCCUAUCCGGUAAUUGACGGGCGGCGUGCCAACUGUAAUCUUGCCAUCCUGGGGCGACCUGGACCAGCUGUGCCUUUUGGACCUAUAAGGCCGGUCAUUCCAUACAAUGGAGGUGCGGCGGUUCCAGGAGGCAUGUAUGUACCAAGCCCAACAUAUCAGCAACCCCCCUACAACUACUCGCAGGCUCUUGUGUAUCCCCCUUGGCCAUCAACGUAUGGACCCGAAUACUUGUAUCCACAGAAUGCCUAUGGUCCAUAUGUUGGACAACAGUAUGUCCCGGUGUAUGGUGGUCCCAGAACAGUAGGGCCAGCGGUUUACCCAUAUGGGCAGUUCGGCCAACCUGUGCCAAGUGAUCAUUCUUAUUCACCUGGCUAUGUGCCAGGUCACCUUCUCCCACUAUCUAAUCAAAAUGCUGCAAAUGCGCGUGCAUCAGCGGUUCAGCAACAAUAUCCUCCAGGAGCUCCGCGCCCUCAGCAACAGCUCUUGCUCCCUGCUCGCGUGCAACAGUUCCCACCAAACAACGUCUCCGAACAAAUGUCGGGAUGA